AAAAAUACAAACCUCUGCGAAUGUCCAUCUAACUAUUCUUUUUCCUUUUUAUUCCCUUUCUUGCUCAUUACUUUUUUUUCACUUCUGACGUUCUAAUUCACCCUGAUUAAAUGCAUCCUUCUUGUCACUCCAAAGUGUACCGCUUAGACCGCACACACCGCUAUUGUAAAGCACUAGCAGUCUUUCACUUACGUUUACGGAAAACAAAACGGAAUCUUCCUGAUAAAACACCGUCAAUUAUAUUCUGUGGUCCCUUCAAUGGAUUUUUGCCACCCUCCUCUUGCCCUGUGUCCUGCAUAUUCCAUGCAGGACGGUUUGCCGCCGAAACUUCACUCCAUCACCAUUUCUUCUUCCCUUUCGCUCUCCAUUCGACUCCUUCUUUCCUGAACGCCACAAAGAUUUUAACCUUGAUGUCCCUGCCCCAAUUCAAGUACAAAACAGAGGAUCUCUGUGUGUACAAUCUCCCAACGGAGAUCCUCCAGUCAAUGUCUCUCAUGUACUUCGACUUCAGCACGACGGAGGUCGAGACGCCGCAAUUGACGGAGGACGCGCUUUCUACGUCGCUUGCUGCGAUGGAAGUAGAAGCCAAUGCUUCUCUGAAUACAUGCACGACCUGUCUUGUGUCGUUUGAAGGCCUCGACCUCACAGACAAGAAGGAACACUACCGCACAGACCUCCACCGCUUUAACCUCAAACGCAAGGUCAACGGUUUGCCGCCAGUGCAGGAGCUGGAGUUUGCAGGUUUGCUCGAAACCUUGGAGGAAUCCAUCUCCGGUAGCGAAGGCUCCGAUGAUGACAGACUCGAUGCUAUUAUGGAGACAUCGGCAGCGGAGGAGCCUGCGGGCCCAAUAUCCUUCACCAACACAAAAUCGCCGUUUGUGUUCUUCAAGUCACCUUUGGUGCAAGAAAAGUGCUUUGGGGUCUAUAAGGUAUGCUUCCUGCCACAGCAGAUGGAAAACCCACUCGAAUCCAUGCUCCAGUGGAAGCAGCAACCGGGAAAGUCCGCGUUGAUCAUGAUCGGCGGGGGCCAUUUUGCGGGUGCAAUCAUCUCGCACCAGCGCAAAUCCACCAAGGGGAAUACCGCCACGGCACAGAUGUCGUUGGUAGACCAGCUGGUGGACGUCAUUGCCCACAAGACAUUUCACCGCUACACCGUGCGUAAGAAACAGGGUGGGUCGCAGAGCGCAAGCGAUGGCAGCAGAGGUAAGGCCAGUUCUGCGGGAUCCACCAUCAGACGUCAGAUGGAGGUCUUGUUAAUGACCGAGGUCCGUGAGCUUCUCCAGUCCUGGAAGAGCCACUUGGACCAGUGCGACAACAUAUACGUGCGCUCCACCGGCCAGUAUAAUCGCAGUGUUUUGAUAGGCUACGAGGGUGCGGUGUUAAAGGUGCUGGACCCGCGGGUGCGCAACUUUCCCUUCACCACCAAACGCGCCACCACUUCAGAGUUGCGUAAGGCAUGGGUCCAACUCACAACAUUGGCGCUCACCGACAUGCCCAAGAGCGACGCUGCCGCUCAGGAACGUGCGAAACGUCAGGAGGCAAUUCUUGCGCAGUCCAGACAGAGCAAACAGAAAGAGAUGAAGGAAUUGACCCCAGAAGAGGUCCACACUGUCGAGAUCUGUCUGCUUGUCAAAAAGUCGCGAGUGCCGCCGCUUGUGGCAUACUUCCGGAAACAUGGGCUUUCCCUGGACUUUGUCCUAGAACCGGGGCUGGAGAAUGUUCUUACGCCUACGGUCCUCCAUUAUGCUUCCGCGGCGGGCCAGCCCCACGUGGUGCAGGCGCUUUUGACGACCUUAAAGGCAGAUCCUACGGUUGCCAACGUGUUUGGCAAGACCGCGUGGGACGUGGCCGCGGGGGAUUCCAGACGCGCAUUCCAGACCGCGCGACACGUCUUGGGAGAGGACUAUGCUGACUGGAGCCGUGCUCAUGUGGGUGCUGCAAAGUCGCGCGAGGAGUUUGAGCAGGCUGCGGAAGCCGUGCAGCAGGAAGAGAAACGGCUCAAAGCAGAAGCCAUGGCGAAGGCAAGAGAGGUGAGCGAGGAAGAGCGCGAGCGCGAGGCUCGUGAGAUGAAGCGCAAGCACAUGUUGGGCCAGGGCCGGUCGGUUGGCGUCUUGACGCAGGUUCAGAACAUGAGUGACUUGUCGGAGGAGCAGAAAAUGAAGUUGAUGCGCGAGCAGCGUGCGAGAGCGGCCGAGGCGAGAUUUAAAAAGUAACACAUUUGUCGUGCAAAGCUUGUAGUGAUUGAAGUGGCUUAAAUAAUUAUAGUUUGUCAAUUAAACUGGGUUUCUUCCUGAACAUGAAUUUUAUUACUCUCAAAGUUUGAAUGCGAAU